CCUCGCACAAAAUCACCGUCGACGAUCGAGCUCCAGGCCUCCGACCACGCACGCGGGCGACUCAAUUGGAUCCAUCUCCACCCCCGACUUCGAAUCCUCCUCAACUUCCUAAUCUCUGUCAGCCGACAAUCCGCCGCCACCAUGCUUCGCACUCCUACCGUCUCGGCCCUCGUGCGCAACGUCGCCGUUCGCGCCGCCAAGCCCACCAUGGCCGUCCGCGCCGCUUCCACCAUGCCCAUCUCCAACCCCACGCUUGCCAACAUUGAGAAGAGAUGGGAGCAGAUGCCCAUGCAGGAGCAGGCCGAGCUCUGGAUGGCUCUCCGCGACCGCAUGAAGGGCAACUGGGCCGACCUUACCCUCCAGGAGAAGAAGGCUGCCUACUACAUCGCCUUCGGUCCCCACGGCCCCCGCGCUCUCCCCCCUCCCGGCGAGCAGAAGAAGGUCUUGGCCUACACUGUCGCCGGUGUCUUCCUCUCUUUCGUCAUCUUCGCUACCAUGCGCGCCUUCGCCAAGCCCCCUCCUGCCACCAUGACCAAGGAGUGGCAAGAGGCUACCAACGAGUUCCUCAAGGCCCAGAAGUCCGACCCCCUCACUGGUCUCACCUCCGAAGGCUACAACGGCAAGGGCCACGUUCAGUCUCCCUCUGCCAGCGCAUAAGUUUCGCAUACUUUUAUUGGUGCUCAGGGGUAGACUCAUCCUUCGUUCUCUCGGAUAUCGGCCAUGUCAAACGAGUCUGUGAGGAUCGGGGGAAAGGACAGUGGUGGCAUUGGAAUGCUUUGGGGCGCUUAACACUUGGGUUGGUGUGUAAAUACUGUACAGCUGACAAUGCAUUAUCAUUUCCUUUAG